AGCUUGGCAAAGCCUCGAGCAAGCGCUGCUCGAGCCGAAAUAGCUUUGGCGACGGCCAUUGAGAGUCCAUGGCCACUUAUGCGAAGGAUUCUGGAAGCACCACCGCUUCCAUGUCCCUGACGCCAUCCUGCAGGAGCGAACUUGCGGUGGCCAAGAAGCCGAGGCAGCCCUCCCACAGGGUGCCAGCCACUGAGAUGAGACUGGCAACUUCCGUCGCCGCAUGUAUUGCCUUCCCGAGGAGUACGCCCAGGCGAAUGCAACGAGGCGAAGAGCUCCGUGCGCGCGAUGAAUUCAUGCAGGUGAGGAUCGAGGGCUUCGUGCAGAAGCGCGUGCUUGGCAUGUGGUGGACACCCUUCUGGGCUGUCCUUGACCAGUCAGCCCUUCGGUUCUACAAGAACGAGCAGGCCUCGAUUUCCAGGCCCGAGGAACCGGAGGAGCUUGUGGCCCUCCCGCUCAGAGCAGAGCUUUCUAUGGACAACCUCACGUGGGUGGUUUGCCGUGACGCUCGGACCCGGCGCAAGGUGAUGUACAUUCGCAGCGGGUCCGAGCCGGCUUGUUGGGAAGAUGUGGCGACUGCUCGUCUGUGGCACUGGGCGCUCAACGAGACCCACAGAAGCGAGCCCGAAAGCGCCGAGUCUGCACGCUCUUCCCAGUGAGGGUGGGCUUCCAGUGAGCACAGGCCUUCCUGACCGGGAAGGCUUGGGCAAAGUUUGUGACCUUACUGCCUUCCUUUGAAAGGGAAGCCAAAAGGGAGGCUGUC